CAUGGAGUGCAAGACUGAGGGAAAAGAAAAAUACCAACACAGCUUGAAUUUACUGAAUAAAAUUAAGAACAUGAAAGAACUAGCAGAGAUGAUUGAUGUCGUACUCAUCGCAGAAGGGGAGAAAUUCCCUUGCCACAGGCUGGUCCUGGCUGCAUUUAGUCCUUAUUUCAAAGCGAUGUUUACCUGUGGACUACUUGAGUGUACUCAGAGGGAAGUCGUACUUUAUGACAUCACAGCAGAAAGCGUGUCGGUGAUAUUAAAUUAUAUGUACCAUGCGGCUCUGGAGAUCAGUAAUGCCAAUGUACAGACUGUGGCUAUGGCCGCCUAUUUUAUGCAGAUGGAGGAAGUCUUCAGUGUGUGUCAGAAGUAUAUGAUGGACCAUAUGGAUGCCUCGAACUGUUUGGGUAUCUAUCAUUUUGCAAAGCAGAUUGGAGCUGAGGAUUUAGCUGAUCAAUCGAAGAAGUAUUUAUAUCAGCACUUUGCUGAGGUGAGCUUACAUGAAGAGAUACUAGAAAUUGAAGUGCACCAACUUCUGACGCUUAUUCAAUCAGAUGACCUGAACAUAUCCAGAGAGGAGAGCAUUCUGGACCUAGUUCUGAGAUGGGUAAAUCAUAACCGAGAACUGCGCACAGAGCACCUUGUGGAACUUCUGAAGCAAGUUAGGUUGCAACUGGUGAAUCCUUCUUUUUUAAGACAAGCCCUGAAAAGGAACACAAUGCUUCUGUGUGAUGCAAAUUGCAUUGACAUCAUUCAAAACGCAUUCAAAGCCAUCAAGACCCCUCAACAGCACUCUCUCAAUCUUCGUUAUGGCAUGGAGACUACCAGUCUUUUGCUGUGCAUUGGCACCAAUUCUUCAGGAAUCAGGUCGAGACACAGGAACUACGGAGAUGCCAGUUUUUGCUAUGAUCCUGCAUUGCGCAAGACCUAUUUCAUCUCCUCUCCCAAGUAUGGGGAGGGUUUAGGCACUGUGUGUACUGGUGUUGUCAUGGAAAACAACACUAUCAUUGUGGCUGGAGAAGCAAGUGCCUCUAAACUCUCCAGACAAAAGAGCAAGAAUGUGGAAAUCUACAGGUAUCAUGAUAGAGGAAACCAGUUUUGGGAAAAGUUAUGCACAACAGAAUUUCGAGAGCUCUACGCUCUGGGCACCAUCCAUAACGACCUCUAUGUUAUAGGAGGACAGAUGAAAAUUAAAAACCAGUAUCUUAUUACAAACUGUGUUGAUAAGUACUCUGUAGAAAGGGACACUUGGAAAAGGGUGUCCCCCCUUCCACUACAGUUGGCGUGUCAUGCUGUAGUAACAGUGAAUAAUAAACUUUACGUGAUUGGAGGCUGGACCCCUCAGAUGGAUCUUCCUGACGAAGAACCUGAUCGAUUAAGCAACAAGCUGCUGAAGUAUGACCCCAGCCAAGAUCUAUGGACAGAGCAGGCACCCAUGAAGUACUCAAAGUACCGAUUCAGCACAGCUGUGGUCAACAGUGAGAUUUAUGUUCUGGGUGGAAUCGGCUGCAUAGGUCGAGACAAGGGUCAGGUUCGGAAGUGCCUUGACACGGUGGAGAUCUACAACCCAGACGGGGACUUCUGGAGGGAGGGCCCACCCAUGCCCAGCCCCCUGCUCUCACUUCGCACCAAUUCUACCAAUGCAGGAGCCGUGGACGGGAAGCUGUACGUCUGCGGGGGCUUCCACGGAGCAGAUCGCCACGAAAUUAUCUCCAAAGAGAUAUUGGAGCUGGACCCCUGGGAGAACCAGUGGAAUGUCGUAGCCAUCAACGCCCUCAUGCACGACAGCUAUGAUGUCUGCCUGGUGGCGAGGAAGAAUCCCCGCGACCUCAUCCCCCCGCCUUCAGAGUCAGUGGAGGAGGGUGGGGGGCACUGAGGUCUGUGUCUCUGUGGGACCCCCAAGGUGUCUGCCAAGGAGGCACUAGGGAUGGAGAGCCCACAGCACGUGUGGGACGUGUGCACUGCAUGCGUCGUGACCCG